AAGCCGAUCGUGUUUUGUUUGUUGUUUACCUCGGUCCCCGUGCGCGCUCGCUCGCCCCUUAUUCAUGUAACGCUGUUUCUUAACCCAACGAUUGAGGACGUCCAUAGUUCAGCAUGUCUGAUGUGGAAGGAGACGUUGGUGUUCCCUCUGGGGCUGGUGGUCCCAUGGACUUAAACACUGCUGUCCAGGAAGUGCUGAAGCAUGCUUUGAUGGCUGAUGGUCUUGCACGUGGACUCCACGAAGCUGUCAAGGCUCUUGAUAAGCGUCAAGCUCUGCUAUGCUUGUUGGCCAACAACUGUGAUGAGCCAGGCUACUCAAAGCUUGUUGAAGCUCUCUGCCAGGAGCACCAGAUCAGGCUCCUCAAGGUUGAUUCUAACAAGAUGCUGGGAGAAUGGACUGGUCUCUGCAAAAUCGACCGUGAAGGAAAGGCACGCAAGGUUGUUGGUUGCUCCUGUGUUGUCGUGACUGACUACGGAAAGGAGACCCAGGCCCAUGAUGUUGUCAAUGAGUAUUUCAAGAGCAAGGGCCAGUAAGAUGUGCAAAGAUGUGAGAACCAGACUGGUGACUACAAGACCUUAAUCUGCACCUCGUCGGGGCCACCACAUUAAAAUAAAGUCCAAAAAAAAAGGAAA